CUUCACUUCUAUGCUUCAUAGAAGAAUAGUGGGUUUGAUUCACCACUGGUCAUGAUGUAUUGACAGUAGUUUCUACUCGUGUUCAGAAGUAGCAAAAUUAUUCAUAUAAUUCAUCUUGUAGGUCUUCAGCUUUACAGGAAGGUCCACUUAAAGUAUGAACGGUCCUCAGUCGUCUCAGAGCUGUGUAUUGUCCCUGCCCUGUUGUGCAGACUCAGUGUCGUUGUCCAGUGCUAAAGCCCCCCAAGUCAGUGGGGUCAGAGUUCAGCUGGAGAUGCAUACACUUUGGCAGCAGUUUGACCAGCUGGGCACAGAGAUGAUUGUUACCAAAGCUGGACGGAGGAUGUUUCCAACAUUCCAGGUGCAAAUCUCCGGCAUGGAUCCUGCUGCUGAAUAUGUUCUGCUCAUGGAUUUCAUCCCUGUUGAUGAUAAAAGAUACAGAUAUGCGUUCCACAGCUCAUCUUGGUUGGUGGCGGGGCGAGCAGAUGUUGCAGCUCCAAGCAGGAUGCAUUUCCACCCAGACUCCCCAGCCCGUGGAGCCCAAUGGAUGAAGCAGACUGUAUCCUUCGACACUCUCAAGCUCACUAAUAACCUACUGGAUGACAACGGACAUAUGAUACUGAACUCUAUGCAUCGCUACCAGCCACGCUUCCAUGUGGUGUAUGUAGAUCCAGCUCCAAAUAGCCAUUUGAAUGCAUACAAGAACUUCUGCUCCUUCUCAUUCCCUGAGACACGCUUCAUGGCAGUCACCGCCUAUCAGAACCACAGGAUCACCCAGCUAAAGAUUGCCAGCAACCCAUUUGCCAAAGGCUUCAGGACUACAGACCCUCAGGAUUGGGUGGGUAAUUCCAGGCCUCUGGGAGUUUGGUGUCCAGCAGAGGGCAGAACUGAGCCCCUAACCACCAAACCUGCAGAGGAGACAAGCUGGGGCUCAAAGAAUUUAACCAGACAGGAAGACUCAGGUCCGCUGGAGCAGAGCGGACUGUUCCACCUCUAUAAAGACUCAGUAGGACUUAACAUGGAGAAAAAAGAUGGGGACAGUAUAGUAGCCCCUGCAUCUUUCCUCUCCCCUUUCCCUUCCUACUGGGACUGUCCAGGAUCAUCACAAGAAAGAGGAAAUCUGUCAUAGGGAAAGAGAAGUAAAGGAACUCUGCUUUGGAUUUAACUAGACCUGCUUCUUCAUGUGGGGAUAAUAACAGCUUUGUUGUGUGUUUUAUAGUACACGAU